AUGGACAACACCGAGGCCACCGCGUACCUCUCCCAGUUCAUCGGCCAGCCCCUGCGCAUCCACACCUCGGAUGGCCGCGUCUUCGGCGGACAGAUGAAAUGUACCGACAAGGACCGCAACAUCAUUCUCGCCCUCACCUAUGAGUACCGCGCACCAUCUGCAGAUGUGAUCCGCAAAGCUGUCCAAGAGUCGGGCAACCCCUCGGCCCCUGUCAACUGGAACAGUCGCUAUGUUGGUCUGGUCGUCAUUCCUGGUACCCACGUGACGAAGAUCGAAUUUGAGGACAGCACCCUUUCGGGCCAGCCCGGUCGAGUCGUGGUUUGA